AUGAGAAUCAUAACUUGUUACUUACCACACAAAACGCAAACAAACCAAAAAAAAAUGGCAAUGAUGAUUCCAAGCCAAUCUUAUAGCUAUUCUAGUAUAGUAAUUUCCUUGUAUUAUUUCCUCUUCUUGAUUUCCUUCCUUCUUCAUACUCUUGCUUCUCCUACGCUCCAUCAUUGCCAUCACAGCCAGAGAGAUGCUCUUCUCCAGUUCAAAAACGAGUUUCAUUUAGAUGCAGCGUUGCAUUCAUGGAACAAGAGUAGAGAUUGCUGUUCUUGGAAAGGUAUCACGUGCGAUGCUAAAUCUGGAAAGGUGAAUUCACUUUACCUUGAUACCAUCUCUUUAAACAACUCUUUGAAACCAAAUAGUGGUCUCUUCAAACUUCAUCAUCUUGAUAGCCUAUCCCUUAGAAACUGUAGUCUCCAUGGAGAGAUUCCUUCUUCAUUAGGAAACUUUUUACAACUCACACUUCUUGACCUUUCCCAUAAUAAUUUAUUAGGUCAAAUUCCACUUUCAAUAGGGAACCUUUCUAGUCUCAUAGUUCUUGAUCUUUGGGGUAACAAUUUAGUAGGUCAAGUUCCAGUUUCACUAGGAAACCUAACCCAACUAAGAUACUUGAUCCUCUCCCACAACAAACUAAGUGGCAAUAUUCCUGUUUCAUUUGCCAAUUUAACAAAGCUAUGUGAACUAUAUCUUCAAAACAAUUCCUUGGGCUCCACGCUUCCUGACAUGAGUGGAUUACACAAUUUAGAGUACUUUGAUGUGAGUGAAAACUCAUUUAUUGGACCUUUUCCCACAUCUCUAUUCACAAUACCUUCUCUAAUAUCUGUUAACUUGGAGAGAAACCAUUUUAAAGGAGCUAUCAAGUUUAGGAAUGUGUCUUCAUCAUCUAGGUUUCAGUUUCUAAACUUUGCUCAAAACAACUUAGAUGGUCCAAUCCCUGAACUGAUAUCUCAAUACCAUAACCUAGAAGAGUUACAUCUUAGUUACAACAAUCUCAAUGGGUCAAUACCAAAGUCUCUAUCAAAAUUAUUCAAACUAGAAUACUUUUGCCUUACCAACAACAACAUGGAAGGGGAAGUACCAAGUUGGAUAAGGAGAUUGACUAUGGUGGCAUUUUCUAACAACUCUUUCAACAGUUUUGGACCAUCAUCACAAGUUCUAGAUAAAACACAAGUCAAGUGGUUGGAUCUUAGCUCAAAUGCUCUCCAAGGACCGUUGCCUCGUUGGAUCUGCAAGCUUACAUCAGUAGAGAUCUUGAUCUUGUCCAACAAUCUACUCAACGGCUCAAUCCCUCCAUGUUUAAAGAACUCCACAACUUCUCUUACAGAUUUGGUUCUACGUAACAAUAGCUUCAGUGGGACACUUCCAGAUAUAUUUAAUAACGCCACCAAGUUAAUAUCACUUGACGUCAGCCGCAACCAGCUAGAAGGAGAACUUCCAAAGUCCUUGAUCCAUUGCACUCGUCUUCAGCUUCUGAACGUGAGAAGCAACAGAAUCAAAGACACGUUUCCAUUUUGGCUAGGAUCUUUACCAUCAUUACAUGUCCUCAUCCUCAGAUCAAACAAGUUUCACGGACCGCACGUGUCUACAAAGUUCCAAAGCUUAAGAGUCAUCGACGUCUCGCAUAAUGACUUCACUGGUACGUUACCAACUUUCUACUUCUCCGAGUGGCUUGAGAUGACCACGGUGGGGGUUGAAGACGACAGCUUCAUGAUCUCUGACGUUCCUUACAUGGGGAAGGUGCUGAACGCUACCGCCUUGUACAUAAGCUCAAUGGAGAUAGUUAAUAAAGGAGUGGAGAUGGAGUUUAAGAGGAUCAACCAAGACUACAAGACCGUAGACUUCUCUGGAAACAGUUUCUGUGGGAACAUCCCUGAGUCUAUUGGACUGUUGAAGGAGCUGCGUCAUCUCAACUUGUCGGGAAACGCGUUCACAGGCAACAUACCACAGUCUUUGGGGGAUUUGACAAAGCUCGAGUCGUUAGACUUGUCCAAGAAUCAGUUGUCUGGUCAAAUCCCUCAAAAUCUUGGUGGUCUUUCGUUUGUGUCGACAAUGAACUUUUCUCAUAAUCUCCUUGAAGGACCAGUGCCGAGAAGCACUCAGUUUCAAGGCCAGAGUUGUUCUUCCUUCAUGGACAACCUCAGACUAUACGGCCUUGAAGACAUAUGUGGAGAAACUCACGUGAAGAAUCCUGUAUUAGAAGUGCCAGCAGAGAAGGAAGAGCAAGUGGUUAACUGGAUAGCAGCGGUAAUAGCUUAUGGACCUGGUGUUUUCUGUGGAUUUGUGAUUGGACAUAUCUUGACUUCACGCAAACAUAAGAUAGUAGUAACCAAAAGUGUUUGUUGA